AUGCAGCAUAAAGGCAUCAUGCUGAUUGUGUUCUUGGAAUAUUUUAUUUCUGGCCAUGGGGAAACAGAUCCCAUGAGGCUACGAGCCCUCCGCUGUAACGGCCGUGCUUGCAACCCUCCAGUGGGGAACCUUGCAACAGGGAGGACACCAGUCACUCUCACCACCUGUGGCCAGAACAGUACAGAACUGUACUGCUUCUACCCAGACCAGAAUCUCCUCCACCACAUCUCCCAUGGCUGUGGGCAGCCUCGCUGCACCAAAUGCAACGCCAACCAGCCUGAUAACUCCCAUCUCCCUGCUGACAUGACAGAUGACUUCUUUGCAAACCCCAUCUCCUGGUGGCAGUCUGCCCAAGGGGUACACAGGGAAGAAAUCCGACUGGAUUUUGAAACAGAAUUCUACCUGACCCAUGUUAUUGCUGUGUUCAAGUCACCUCGCCCAGCUGCAAUGGUGUUGGAAAGGUCCCGGGAUUAUGGGCAGACUUGGAGGCCCUACAAAUAUUUCUCUGUCAACUGUACAGCUACUUUUGGGCUCCAGGAUGAUCUCAUUGAGGAAGGUUCCAUGUGCACUUCCAGGUAUUCAGAUGCAGUGCCCUGCACCAGAGGAGAGGUGAUCUAUCGUGCCUUAAGUCCAGCUAACAGGAUUGAAGACCCUUAUAGUCCUGAGGCUCAAGAUCUCCUGAAACUCACCAACCUCCGCCUCCUUUUGUUAAAAAGACAGGAAUGUCCAUGCCAUGGUUCAGGACUGAUAGAGAAACCUCAGAGAUUUGCCCACUAUGCUAUUUAUGACCUGAUCAUCCGGGGAAGCUGCUUUUGCAAUGGGCAUGCAGAGGAAUGCCAGCUUGCCAACAGGACAGGAGUCAUGGAGAACAUGGUCCAUGGGAAGUGUAUGUGCAGACACAACACGGCAGGAGACCACUGUGAGAAAUGUGCUCCUCUGUACAAUGAUCAGCCUUGGAAGCCAGGAGAUGGAAAAACAGGGGCCCCAAAUGAAUGCAGAAAGUGUCGGUGUCACAACCAUGCUGACAGUUGCCAUUUUGACCUGAGUGUUUGGCUGGCAUCAGGAAAACGCAGUGGAGGAGUCUGUGACAACUGCAAGCACAACACGGAGGGACAUCGGUGCCAGAGGUGCAAACCAGGGUACUACCGAGACAGGGGGAAACCCAUGUCCUCUGCACAGGUCUGCAAACCUUGUGCCUGCCAGCCAAUGGGUUCAGCCAACGCCACAUUCGGCAGCAGCUGGAGAUGUCACCCCCGGACAGGAUUCUGCUACUGCAAGCCAGGUGUGGCAGGACCCAGCUGUGACAGAUGUCUCGUGGGCUACUGGGGCUUCGGAGAAAACGGCUGUCGCCCUUGUGACUGUGCCAGAGGCUGCGACCAGCACACUGGGAACUGUUUCAAUGGCUAUGACAGUGAGCCAUUCUUUAACAUCCCCAUCGGGGGACAAAUCCCUGACCCUGUGCAAACCUCAACCAACGAGAGUGAAGAGGAGUGGAAAUGGAAUGACCACGAGCAAGGAUUUUCUGCACUGAGGCACCCAGAAAAGUGUGUGUGCAAAGAAAAGGUGCUUGGAAGUGUCACUGACUUCUGCCAAAUGAAAUAUGCCUAUGUAAUAAAAGCAAGAAUCCUAUCUGCUCAUGACAAAGGGACUCAUGCAGAAGUUGUUGUGAAAGUGAAGAAGGUCCUGAAAUCAGGCAAAGUGAAAAUUGCUCGGAGCAACAGAAGCAUUUACCCAGAAUCCUGGACCAACAGGGGCUGUACAUGUCCCAUUCUCAAUCCUGGUACUGACUAUCUUAUAGCAGGCCAGGAGGACUCAAGGACCAGCAAACUCCUUGUGAACAUGAACAGCCUGGUGAAACCUUGGAAGGCAUAUUUGGGAAAACAAGUAUCAGAUAUUCUUCGAACUGGGUGCAAGUAA